AUGACCGAAGAAAAUAACAAAAAGAUGUCCUCGGCAACAGCAAUAGCAGGUUCAGGCUCAGCCCCAGCCCUAGCCUCAAGUACAGACACAAACGCAGAGGAAACCAUGCGCCUUGCCAUUACCCGCUUCCGUAGCAGAAUGGCCGCCGCAAACCAAACAUUUCUCCAAGACCGCGUCAAUGAGAUCGAAGCAAGAGGUCUGGCAUCUGAAAAGGAGAAGCGCCACCGUAUACGCCUAUACAAAUGGAUGGACGAUCUCGAAUGGGGCGACGAAGACCCUGAAACGCGUGGGAGUAACAAUGCGGUCCAGAUCCCACCGCAGACUCUAGUAAAAGACCGCGAUAUUCCUACUAUUCUCAAAGCACUGCCACCCUUUGAACCGGCCGACGGCGUGUUGCCGCCCCUACUGCAAACAGAGCAGUGGCGGCAGAUGUACCUCGACACAGUUCAGUAUUUAUGCCAGCGCCAGGCGGACGAGAUCGUCGCCGAGGAUGACGAGGAGCUCGACGUCGCAUGUAGAUCCCACAAAGACCACAGAUUGAUGACUAUCCCGCGGUGUGACGAGCUAGCCCUGUUCCUAAAAUACGCGCAGGGGGUGGUAGACGCUGACCUCCGGCUCUCGGAUAUUGCGCCAUUUAUACCGGCUUUUUCGAUUGGCGUUAAGAAUGAGGAACUGGACGGGCUUGACGAAGAACAAAAACGCGACAAGUUGGCGGAUCCGGAUCUGCUAAAGCGCGAGCAAGAGCGCUUACAGCGAGAGUUGGAAGAUGAAUCGACGAAUGGGUUCCUGGAGCCGUAUAUCGAUGAUGAUCUAGAGGUUCGGGCUGGCUUUAUUACUGGCGUUGGAUAUAGCCGGCUAUACGCAUGCCCUUCAUGGUAUAGUGCGUAUGUAUACUGCCGGCUGCUGACGGAUAACGACAAGGAUGAAGACAUCCAGGAUGCUGCUAACAUCCGGGAGUGGGGAUGGCGGGUGGUUGUUUUCAAAGCCGAGAAUAUCAAUCCUACCGUUCUGUACGGCCGGAAGGCGCGAUUUGAUUCUAUUCCAGAAUUCUUGGAUUGGUAUGCCAGCUGGCUGGACCAUCUAGACGAACGGGGGUUGCUCUCUCUGCAGCGCCAUGCUAUAGGUUGUGAGACGGACUGCGAGUCGGAUUGUGAGGAUCAUGCUACAGGAAUCUAUGCAGACUAG